AGGGAGGUGCUGCAUCAACCGGCAUACAGCAGCAGCAGCGGCAGCAGCAGGCUGGGCUUAGGGAUCUAUUGUUCCCUGUUUUAUUAUUGUCAGACCUUGUUCUCUCUCAUUAAGGAUCCAAGAGAGAAAGAGAAACCGAGAGGACAAGGAGCGCGAGAGGAGACCUCAGCCCCAUUUGCCUGGGAUUACUUCUUCUUGGAUGCACUGGUGUGGACAAAGCACAAGCAGAAAACACACACACUUCAGUCCAGUUCUCUACCUCGUGGCCAGGCUUGCUUUUUUCCCCUCCUCACUGCAUUGGGAACUACAGUUCUUGCCGUGCAGGGGCUGGCCGGCAGAGCCAUGGGGACGCUGGGGGUCUCAAGAGUCUCUCUCUGGAGGAUAGCACUGCUCUUUCUUUCCAUCUGGGAGCUGGAUGCACAAACCGCAACGGAAACUAAACCCCUAUACAUCUGGCAAACAGGUCCAUGGGGUCGUUGUAUGGGCAGUGAGUGUGGACCUGGCGGCAGCCAGAGCAGAGCAGUAUGGUGUGCUCACUCUGAAGGCUGGACCACCCUGCACACCAACUGCGAUCAGACAGAACGGCCGGACAACCAGCAAAGCUGCUUCAGAGUAUGCGAUUGGCACAAAGACCUGUAUGACUGGCAGCUGGGUGCCUGGAACCAGUGUGUCCCGGUGUCGAUGCGCAGUGCUGGGGUGCAGCGCCCUGCUGUGUGUACCCGGGGAGAUGAGGGAAUCCAGACCCGUGAAGUGGGCUGCGUACAGAAAGCGAAUGCAGAGCCUGCAGAGGAUGCAAUCUGUGAAUACUUUGAGCCUAAACCACGUCUAGAGCAGGCCUGUCUUAUCCCCUGUCCACGGGACUGUGUGGUGUCUGAGUUCAGCCCAUGGACUACCUGCUCUAAAACCUGCGGGAUGGGUUUACAGAACCGGAUCCGCUUUGUUUUGGCUCCUCCGCUGUUCGGUGGGUCAGCCUGCCCAAACCUGACUGAGUUUCAGACAUGCCAGCCAGGGCCCUGUGAGGGAGAGGAGAGCCUCUACAGCCUUAGGGUGGGACCUUGGGGGCCCUGCUCUGUCCCGAUGCCGAGGCAAGCCAGACAAGCUGACAAACCACCCAGAGAGAGCGACAAACCAUCCAAGGAAAGUGAUAAACCUUCCAGAGAGGGUGACAAACAGUCCAGAGAGGGUGACAAACAGUCCAGAGAGGGUGACAAACAGUCCAGAGAGGGUGAAAAAACAUCUAAAGAGGGUGAAAAACAAACCACAGAGGGUCUCAAACUGCCCAGUGAGGGUGACAAGCAGUCAAAAGGGGGGGACAAACAGACCAGAGAGGGUGACAAACAGCACAGAGAAGGAAACAAAAGGUCCAAAGAGGUUGAUAAACUGUCCAGAGACGGUGAUAAAGUAUUCAGACCCAACAGAAAAUUGGGUAAGGCACACAGGAAACCAGACAGGCCAUCCCGACAGGCAGACAGGCCCAAACGACAGAAAAAGGCUAAAAACAAAGAGAAAAGAGAGAAAAUGAGAGAGAAAGUCCGGGAGAGGUUAAGGGAGAGGGGUAAGGUGAAGGAUCCUGAGACCAGAGAACUCAUCAAGAAGAAAAGGAACAGGAACCGUCAGAACCGCCCGGGAGGAAAGUCCUGGGACCUGCAGGUUGGCUACCAGACCAGAGAAGUGACCUGUGUGCAUAAGAGUGGGAAUGUUGAAGCUCUCAGCCUGUGCUCUCAGGAGACGUUGCCAGUGACCUUCCAGGCUUGCGUCAUGACCAAAGACUGCGAUGUGACUGACUGGUCUGAAUGGUCGGCUUGCUCCAAGGAGUGCUACGACCCAAACGGGCCCAAGGGCCAGCGCGCUCGCACCAGGAAAGUGAGCCAGUUCCCAAUUGGUGGAGGAGCAGAUUGCCCAGAGCUGGAGGAGAAGGAGCCCUGCAGCCCUCUGGGAGACGGAGUGCCACCCUGCAUUGUUUACAGCUGGAAGACUACGGAGUGGACAGAGUGCAGGGUGGACGUGCUGCUGAGCCAACAGGACCGUCGGCGUGGAAACCAGACAGGGUUGUGUGGAGGUGGGAUUCAAACCCGAGAGGUCUACUGCGUCCAGAGCAGCGCCGAUACACCGCCCAACCUCGGCUCGCUCAGGAGCAAAGAAGCAUUGCGACCAGUGGACAGCGAUCUGUGUCUGAGUAUCCCCCCAAACACCACCCAGCUCUGCCAUAUCAGCUGUCCUGUUGAGUGUGAGGUGUCUUUGUGGAGCGCCUGGGGACCCUGCACUUAUGAAAACUGCCAGGACCAGGCAGCCAAAAAAGGCUUCAAACUGAGGAAGAGGAGGAUCGUCAAUGAGCCGACGGGCGGGACGGGGAAUUGCCCCCACCUGGUGGAGGCAAUACCGUGUGAAGACCCCAGCUGCUACGACUGGCUGGUGGUUAAACUGGAGGAGUGCGUCCCUGAUAAUGAGAGGGAGUGUGGACCAGGAACCCAGAUCCCACAAGUGCAGUGUGUCAACAGUGAUGGUGAAUAUGUGGAGAGGCAGCUCUGCCGUGAUGCCAUCCUGCCCAUGCCGGCCAUUUGUGAGGUGCCUUGCCCAAAGGACUGUGCCCUGAGUCCCUGGACCCCAUGGUCUCUGUGCUCCCACACUUGCUCUGGAAAAAACACGGAGGGCAAGCAGACCAGAGCUCGCUCCAUCCUCGCCUAUAACGCAGGAGAAGGUGGAAUUCAGUGCCCCAACAUCAGUGCCCUGCAGGAGGUGAGGAACUGCAAUGACCAUCCUUGCACUGUGUACCACUGGCAGACAGGCUCGUGGGGGCAGUGCAUUGAGGACUCCUCCAUUCCGGCCUCCAAUGCAUCCGUGGGGCGAACACGUGGGGACGAUGCCACCUGCUCAGUGGGGAUGCAAACCCGCAAGGUCAUCUGUGUCCGGGUCAAUGUGGGCCAGGUUCCUCCAAAAAAGUGUCCGGAGAGCCUGCGCCCAGACACCGUCAGGCCCUGCUUACUGCCAUGCAAGAGAGACUGUAUCGUCACCCCGUACAGCGACUGGAGCCCCUGCCCAUCCACAUGUCAAGCAGGUGGUAACACAAAGAAGAAGCAGUACAGGAAACGUAUAAUCAUCCAGUCACCAGCCAACGGGGGACAAGACUGUCCUGAAGUGCUGACCCAGGAGAGAGAGUGUGAGGCUCCAUCUGUCUGUCAAGGAUACAGAUGGAAAACCCAUAAGUGGCGGAGAUGUCAGCUGGUUCCAUGGUCAGUUCGUCAGGACAGUCCUGAUGCCCAGGAGACCUGUGGGCCGGGAAUGCAGGUUCGGGCUGUCUCGUGCCGGAAGCAGGAUGGUGGGCAGGCAGACGUUGAAGCUUGUCUUCAGUUUGCCAGCUCCAUGCCGCCUCUCACACAGCCCUGCCAGCUGCCCUGCCAGGAGGACUGUCAACUCAGCAGCUGGUCCAAGUUUUCCCCCUGCACAGCCGAUUGCGUGGGCGUCAGGACCCGCAAGAGGAUGCUAGUCGGGAAGAGCAAAAAGCGGGAUCAGUGUAAAAACCACCAGAUGUAUCCAGUGAGUGAGACCCAGUACUGCCCAUGUAACAAGUACAAUGCCCAGCCUGUGGGCAACUGGUCGGACUGUGUCCUACCUGAGGGUGGCCGCAUGGAGGGUCAACUGGGCAUGAAGGUCCAAGGUGACAUCAAGGAGUGCGGCCAAGGAUAUCGUUACCAGGCCAUGGUGUGCUACGACCAGGACAAUCGCAUAGUGGAGACCUCUCGCUGCAACAGCCACGGGUACAUAGAGGAGGCUUGCAUCAUCCCCUGUCCGUCUGACUGCAAACUGAGCGAGUGGUCCAACUGGUCUCGCUGCAGCAAGUCCUGCGGCAGUGGGGUCAAAGUUCGCUCCAAGUGGCUCAGAGAAAAACCCUACAAUGGCGGCAGACCAUGUCCUAAACUGGACCAUGUCAACCAGGCUCAGGUGUACGAGGUGGUGCCAUGCCUCAGUGACUGUGGGCAGUAUGUCUGGGUGGCAGAGCCCUGGAGUGUGUGGAAGGUCAGCAAUGUGGACCUGAAGGAUAACUGUGGUGAAGGUGUUCAGACCAGGAAAGUCAGAUGUAUGCUGAACACUAUAGACGGGCCCUCCGAGCAGGUGGAGGACUACCUGUGUGAUCCGGAGGAGAUGCUUCUGGGGGCGCGCAACAGCCGGCUGCCCUGCCCCGAGGACUGUGUGUUGUCAGACUGGGGAGCCUGGAGCCCAUGUCUACUGCCAUGCAACGGGAAUAGUACUCGGGAGAGGAGUGCUUACCCGCUCCGUCAGCCUGGAGAGGAGAAGGGUUGUCCUUCGACUAAAGAAACAGAGCCCUGCAAACUUAACAGCAACUGCUUCCACUACUCCUACAACAUCACCGACUGGAGUACCUGUCAGCUCAGUGACAGAGCGGUGUGUGGAAAUGGCAUCAAAACCCGCAUGCUGGACUGCGUACGUAGCGACGGCAAAUCCGUUGACCUGAGAUUCUGUAAAGAGCUGGGCCUGGAGAGGAAGUGGCAGAUGAAUGCUUCCUGUGUCGUGGAAUGUCCCGUCAACUGCCAGCUGUCUGAUUGGUCCCCAUGGUCGGACUGCACCCAUGCCUGUGGGCUGGCAGGCAAGCUGUGGAGGAGGCGGACAGUGAUCCAGGCUCCCCAAGGUGACGGGAGGCCUUGUCCGUCCCAGAUGGAGCAGUGGAAGCCCUGCCUGGUGAAGCCCUGCUACAGCUGGAGAUACAGCGCCUGGUCUGAGUGCAAAUCUGAGGGGGCAAGGUGUGGAGAAGGCCUGCGCUUCAGGAAUGUUUCGUGCUUCGUGUCGGAUGGUUCAGGUCAGCAGGACAGCAGCCUGGUGGAUGAUGAGCUGUGUGGAGAUCUGGAACCCUCUGUGGACGGAGACACACACAUCGUUCUGCAGGAGCCCUGUACUGUACCCUGUCCAGGAGAGUGCUACCUGACAGACUGGACUGUUUGGAGUCCGUGCCAGCUAAGCUGCGUAAGCGGCGAUGACCUGGGUUUCGGCUCAGUUCAGGUCCGAUCCCGAGCUGUGGUGGCCCAGGAUCCAGAAAACCUGUUGCAGUGUCCAGAACAGGAGCUGGAAGCUCGGCCAUGUACAGAUGGCCAGUGUUUUGAAUACAAGUGGAGGACUGGACCAUGGAGGGGUUCAUCUCGCCAAGUCUGGUGUCAGCGCUCAGAUGCACUGAAUACCACAGGUGGAUGCCCAGCGACAGCCAAGCCGAUGGCUGACCGAUCCUGUGACCCGCCCUGCACCAAGCCACGCUCCCUGUGCACAGAGGCGGGCGUGUGUGGCUGUGAGGAUGGCUACACUGAAGUGAUGACUUCUGAUGGCCUGCUGGACCAAUGCACGGUCAUCCCAGUGCUGGAGAUUCCCACUGCAGGUGACAACAAGGCCGACGUCAAGACCAUCAGAGCUUUCAACCCAACGCAACCUGAAGCCAGCACACCGGGCAGGGCGGGACGCACCUGGUUCCUGCAGCCCUUCGGCCCAGAUGGGAAGCUGAAGACCUGGGUGUACGGAGUAGCAGCGGGAGCAUUUGUUCUGCUCGUCUUCAUAAUCUCCAUGACGUACUUAGCAUGCAAAAAGCCAAAGAGGCCACAACGACGGCAGAUGAACAACAGACUGAAGCCACUGACUCUGGCCUACGACGGAGACGCUGACAUGUAGAAGUCUUCCUGCUGACCACACUGACCUACAGACAUUCGUCCUACUGCAGGACACACAGGGUUUCUAUGGAAACCCUUGAUGUCAGGGCUGCCACUGGGCAUUGUUCAACCUACAGGUGGACACCCUGGGAAGAUGAUUCUGACAGAAAGAGAAACCUCACAGCUCAAGACACUGAAUCCAUGUCAUUAGCAGUCUUGAUGUCCCUGUUGUCUUUUUUUAAUUUCCAUUUUGAUACUUUGUUUCACAAGAGCCUUCAUGAAUUCUUUAUCUUCUUCUGGAAGUCUGCCUUUACUUCUCUGCCAUCUACUACUGCCGGUAACAAACCACAGUCGUCAGAGAGGGUCGCCCCCAAACAAAAGAUUUUGCUCUAAAAGCACAAAUCUUCAUUAGUCUUUUUUGUUCAUUUUUUUUACCGCUGAGUGGGAUCAUGUGUUUCGGACACUUGUCAUUCUUUAAGAACAUUAAGAACAUUCAGAUUCCUCUGUGUCAUUGUGGCCUGGCUCCAUCUUGCAAGAAAACAUAAAUCCAGAGAACAAAAGUGUAAUUCCCAGAGCCACCAUCACUUCUGCCUGCCCCUACCUUCUGUUUUUCAGGCAUAAUUUUGCACUAUAUUAGUGCAGCAUGAUAUGUACUUAUGUCUAGCUUUGCCAUAGGAAACUGCCUCUCUCAAUACAAGAUGGUGUACAGUCUUGUGCUAGAAAUGUAAAAAAGUAGACUUUUUUUGCAAACAGAACUCACCAAUGUUUGUUAAUAUUUUUCUUCUAUUACCUCUUAUGUGUGAUAUGAUGGGACGCAAUGUAAAUACAAUUUUUUUCUGUGUUCUCAACUUUACCUUUCUAGUAUGUACAGCUACCUGUCCCAAACUCUGCCUGAGUUAAUUUAUUCUCUGACAAUUCUUUGACUGUGGCAUUAUUAUCAUCAACUCAGACUGCAGGAGAUCCAUAGAAACCCCUUCCAUUCUGAAACCCUUUAGCUUUGAUAUGAGAAGAAAAGUGGAAACAAAAUCUGAAUUUGGAGGAUAAUUUAAUGUUGAAUCUUGGUAUUCAGAUGUAUAAAGAGGCUUGGGACAUUUGAGUUUGCAGAUGAAUCUUAGAAGUCAGUUAAAAUAAUGAGUUCAUAAUCUGAGAAACAUAUCAGACUUUGAAAAACGUCAGAAGUCAGAGAUGAAAGAAUACUUCUUUGAUUCUGACCUACAUCUCAGAAUUCUUUCAUUCUUGGUCAAAAGACUUGUAUUCCUUGAUUUCAUAAAGGUCUUCUAAAAGCAAAAGCAUUUUGAACCUGCAUGUCCUGAAUGGCCACUCUUGAAGAGAUGUAAAAAGCCUGCUGUCAUAGCUUGACAUUUAUCUCUUGGAACUCUUGGUCUUUUGUGUCUCUUUGUAGUCUUGUCUUGUAGUUGCGUGAAAAAGAGCUGAGGGAGAAGCUGAAACUUCUACAUACCUCCAAUGGCUGGAUAAAGUCAGGAAGGUUGUCGAAUUGUCAGAGAGUUCGACAGAAAUAGAGGAACAAUACUGACAUCACAAGCACUUGGUCUUAAAGGCGCCUGCCAGAACUGCUUGUCGGAUGGUUGAACUCCUUCAAACAUACCUUUCCGAUGUUGGACGGCGGGGUCCGAGCGCAACCAUUUCUCUACCUUCCCGAAACCAAUAGUCUGGCAUUCACACCCACGUCAGCUUCACCUUGUGGAGGACCGUGGGUGUGAACUUCUCUCUCUUGUCUAACUCUUUUUUUCAUCCUUUACUCACCUGUUUCUGUAAAUCAGAUUACAACACUAUGACUGCCUUCCAGGAGAGACUGCGUGCCAUUAUCACCAUUAUCACGCUUGAAUCUUCCUCCUCCGUUUGAUGGUCAGCUUUCACUUGCCUUCCAGUGUGGCCAUUUUGGAACAGACACUUUUGACUUUGGUUAUGGACUAGUUCUCUUCUAGCAUAACCUGGCUCUAAGGAUUUUGUUAGUCUGAUGGACUGGAUGAGAAUCACCAAGGCUCCCACAUAUCCUGCAAAUUUAGAGACUAGUUUUCCAGUCAUGGAAACACCUGAAAAUGUAUUAAUUUGACCAAAUAUCCUGGAAAUAAUAUUUUAGCUCCCCUCCUAUAUAAACCUGGGUGCAUAUUUUGUUUGGCAUCGAGUCAUCGAUGUUACAGUUAAAGAAAACUGCAGUAAACUGAAGUCAAUUUGCCGGAGACGCAACGGAAAAAUCUGCUGUGUUGAGAAAAGAAAGCAAGCUAAAGUGGAUUGUACCGUAAACAAUGACCACCUACCAGUAAUGAACCUGAGACGAUUAAUUAUAUGGCCGUUAGUGAGCAAGUGCUGUCCUGUAUUGUCAAGAAAACCCUGAUCAUGUCGUUCCAAAGACUCCUCCAAAUUUGGUACAUACUGUAAACAUUCUUCACAGGGUAGUUAUAUUUUCCAUAAACUUGAUACUUACUGGUUACUGGUUCCAACAUUGUCUUCAUUGAAGUGUCCCACUGUAAUGUGUCCUUGGUAAUUAGAAUUUGUUGGCCAUCUGAAGGCAACCUUGGGGUCAAUUGGGGUCCAACCAGAAUUCAGAUUUUUGUUCCACUUUAUACAGGGUUACAAAUGACUUUAUUAAUAUUGACACUUUGCCAAUGCUUAAUAGAUUCCUUUUGGUAAUGUCUAUCCUUCAUAAGCCAUCAGGUUUUGGGUUAUGAAUGUAUGUUUUACAGCAAUCCAUCAUGCCUGCAGGUAUAGAUUUAAGUUAUUAAUAUGUUUUUAAUAACCCGAACAGGUCUUCAUGAGCUACCCUGUCUGUAUCAGCUCACAUUGCCCUCAAAGUCUAAUCCGGUCUAAUGGUGGGUGUAUGCUGUAGUACGAUAGGAAGCAAAUAAUUCACUGUAGACAUGAUCCUCCCUGUUCACAGCUACAGAAAACCUGAAGAAUUACAUUGUCGUACAGGUUUGAUUCACCCAUUCAAGUGUUUAAAGACAUUUUAUCAAAGUGAACUCUUCAGUCAUGAAGAGAGACCUUACCAAUGAAGAGUUGUUGUGGUCUCCCUGUCUUAAAUAACUUUCAGCCCUUAAACAACUAUCACUCUGGGUCACUUUUACUGCCCUAUGGUGGUGUAAAGUCCUUUCCAGAAGCUUUUCUACUGAUAAAAAUUGAGUUCAGGCGAAAUCACUGUAUGAGUAGUAGUAGAGUAUUAUUUUGAAAUCAUACAAUUCUGCCUGAUUUACGCUAAAAGUCCAGUCACCCAAAGUGAGCAGUGUAUUAUUUAUCAGUAUGAGAGAUCAUAUCUUUGCCAGAGUAUGGCAGUUUAAUAUUCUGUGGAGUUUGUUGCUAGUGAGUUAACGGAAUGUUUAUUUUAUAUUUCUUGGAAUAUGAGUUGUAAAUAAAGUGCUAAAUAUUUCUUUUUUAUUUAUUGUUCAUGUACCAUAAUGUGUUUCCUUUUUUACUGCACAAGAUGUUGCGCAAAAGAAAAAAACUGAAAAAAACUGGAGGAGUAAAUGGGUGUGCGCAAAAAGCGAUAUUGAUAACCUUGUGAAAAACAAAGUCGCUGAUGAAUUCUGUCCUUUUCCUACUGUUUGUUUAUAUGUAUUUGACUAAUUGCUGAUAAUAAACAAGGGAAUAUUUGAA